AUGAAAUUGGUGGCUUUAAUUAGUGGAGGAAAAGACAGUAUUUUUAACAUACUGCAAUGUAUUUCGGCUGGUCAUGAAGUAGUGGCCCUUGCAAAUAUUGAACCAGAUGGAAAAGAGGAACUAGACAGUUAUAUGUAUCAAUCAGUCGGGCAUCAAAUAGUUUCAUUAAUUGCUGUUGCCUUAGCCCUUCCUAUAUAUCGUCAAAAAACAAAAGGAAAAGCUCAAUGCAGAAGUAAAACUUACAUUACAACUCAUAAAGAUGAAGUUGAGGAUUUGUUACGAUUACUUCAAAAAGUUAAGAAUGAAAUGCAAAUUGAAGGAGUAUCUGUAGGUGCAAUAGCCUCAGACUAUCAGAGAACUAGGGUUGAAAAUGUUUGCAGUAGAUUAGGUUUAAUUUCUUUUGCAUUUUUGUGGAAAAGAGAUCAAACAGAGUUGCUUCAGGAAAUGAUUGAUGCAGAAUUAGAUGCUGUACUUAUAAAAGUAGCAUGCAUGGGUCUUAUUCCAGAUAAACAUUUAGGAAUGCAUAUAAAAGAAAUGAAGCCACAUUUGUUAGAGCUCAAUACUAAAUAUGGAGUAAAUGUAUGUGGAGAAGGUGGAGAAUAUGAAACAUUAACAUUGGAUUGCCCUUUAUUUUGCAAAAAUAUUAAUAUUAUAGAUCAAGAAAAUGUUGUUUUAUCUGAAAAUGCUUUUGCUCCUGUUGCUUUUUUAAAUGUGAAAAAAGCAGAGUUGACAUCGAAAGAUCACAUAACUGAUUUAAUUGAUUUUGAACAAAACAAAAUAGCCUUUAUUAAGACCGUUGUCAAAAAUCCUUAUAAUUAUAUAGAAGAUUGUGUGGAUGAAAUUAGUGCCAAUGUAAACGAAUUCGUAUUAAAAACUCCAGUGAAUUUUUCAGAAUAUUGGAAAUCAUCAGCGCUUCCAAAAAAUAAAUUAGGGGGAAAGGAAAAAUCACAAUCGUUUACCGAUUUUUUAAAUAUUCAUUCAGGAUUAAGUAAUUUAAAUCAUUCAACAGGAAUGAAAUAUGAAUUUCAAGAUAUAGUUUUUGUACAUGUUAUAUUGAAAACGAUGAAAGAUUAUUCAUAUUUAAAUAAAAUUUAUUCUCAUCACUUGCCUAAUAUAAAGCCACCGGCACGUGUUUGCGUUGCAAGUGAACUUCCACGUGAUAUAAAAAUCAUCAUGACCGUAAUGGCUUACAAAUCGGUUUCAAGAAGUAAAAAAGCUUUAAACAUGAAUGACAGUCUUAUAAAAGAAGUUUUGCACGUUCAAAGUAUAAGUCAUUGGGCUCCGGCAAAUAUCGGACCUUACAGUCAAUGUGUCAGAGUGGGAAGCUUUUAUUUUUUAGCAGGGCAAAUCCCUCUCAUACCCGGAACGAUGGAAAUUUUAAACAAACCCGUUCUUCAUCAGUGUAAAUUAGCGUUGAGACACGUUACGAGAAUAUUACAAGCGAUGGAUGAAAAUUUAAAUUUUUCCUCGAUAUUUCAAGCUUGUUGUUACGUCACUUCCGUUGACAUGGUUGAAAACAUUGUUUCUCUAUGGUCUUAUAUCACAGAUAAUGAAAAUGCAAGUGUCAACGUUGUUGUCGUUAACGAAUUACCGAGGAAUGCACAAAUGGAAUGGGAAAUAGUAGCGUCUAAUUUAGAUAAUUUACAAGUUAAAAAACGUACGGAAAAAAUUGGAAAUUUUAAAAUAUUCUUAAAGAAAUCAUUUUUUUUAACACCUUAUUCUUCGAGUUUUAUUUGUAACGUUUCAGCCAAAAGAGAAGGAGUAACGUUUAUAAAUAAUCUUGCAGAAAUGUUAACUUCCAUAUUGAAAAAAUGUUUAUCGUUUAUUAAAAACGAAGAAGAAGAUCCGAAUUUGCAUUUGCACAUAAUGAGAGUUUAUCACAAAACUAGUUUUUUGGAUACGAAUCACAUAAAUGAUAUUUUUCGUCCUUUUGCAUUGGAACAAAAAGUCGUUAUUAGCAGCAUUCCAGUUUUGGCACUCAAAGAACCCGAUGUUUUUCUCACAAUCACCGGAUUGUGCUGACGAAAAUAUGAACAAUGUGUAUCCAGAGUGUGAAAACUGAACGAGAGAUGGAAAUAAAAAAAAAAAAUAUAUACCUAACGUCAUCCAAACCAUAAAACGAACCCAUGUUAAAGUGUUAAGAUGAACCAUUAAUCCGACGUUACAUAAAAUCGAUAGUCCAGAUAAAUGAAAUUUGAACGACAGGGCGACGACUUACAUCCUACGGAACAAAAAAUUAAAAAUAUCAAAACAAGGAUUGCCCACCACUCUUUAUUAAUUAAAUCCGAUGCUGAAAAAUGUAAAUGAACGGAAAGGACUGCACUGCAACAAACAAACAUUAAAACAGAGCCUGAUAUAACUUCGUUAUGUCCACAUCCACGAACA